AAACAAUGGCGGGUAAGAGGAAAGGGAGUCAAAAAGGAAAAAGAGAUAGCGACAACUUGAAAUUCUGGAACGUAUUUCCAUCACCUCUACGACGUUCAUCAAGAGGUCGUAUCAUAAAACCUCGACUUAAAAACCUUGCUUCAUAUUACGACCUCACCCCGGACUGUAUUUAUAAAUGUGACUACAAUAGCUCUACCAGUGCGAUCAUUAAUCAUCGUGUACCAGUAUUAAAGUUAGAGAGAGUUAAAGAAAUUAAGCGGAUCAGUAGCAAAGAUGGCAAUAAAUUAAAUGGAGCAUCAUUGAUUAAUGAUAAUAAACCACAACUACCUUGUACUAGUAAGAAUUCUCAAUCUCUCUCACUGAAGACAGACAAUGGGGCAACAAGAAAAGAUUCACUUACUACUGAUCGACCUACUCGUCGCAAUAGUCCGAGUAAAAGACCUGCUAAAAUGAGGAGAAGUUCUUUAAAGGCUCCAAAACUUACUGACUCCCUAUCAAAGAGUACUCCCAACUCAAGGAAAGUUCAUUUUGAGGUCAAGGAAGAUGAUACUAUCAAUGAAUCUAACGUUUGGAAUGAAUCUGACAUUAGGAGACUAAGAGAAACCGUGUACAAUGUUCCAGCGAUUGUGACUGAGUUUUGGGAGGAGGUUGGUCGAAAGAUGAAGCGACCACCGGAGCACUGUCAGAGCCAGUACCUGAUGUCAGUCGGAGGAGGACCUACAACUCUAGCAGAAGUGAAGAUGCCCUCGCUUGAUAGAACCGAUGAAGUUAUUACUGCUAGAGUUGGCACUCUUAAAAGGAAGUUGCAGUUACGGAUGCUACUGAGUGGUACAGAGUCAGGCUAUGCGGAUGACGCCUUCAACUCUUCUCCUCUUCGAAACAAACUGAAAGCUGUAGAGAGAGAGACUUGUCUUCAAGACAGUGAGAGACACUCUUGUUCUAAAGAAGAAGAUGAUGUCCCUCCUUCAUCAGUUUACAAGAGUCCAGUUCUCUACAAGAAGAGAUUCCAGAGCUCUCCAUCAUCUUCACCUCAUCAUAUCAUUCCAGACAUUCUCUCAAUAAAGAGUAGAGAUACUGCAGACCAACUUGUCUAUCGUUAUGAAAAGGCUAAGAAGGAGGUCAGGCCACCUCCCCCACCUGUCAAACCAGUGCAUGCCACAGCUAAUGCUAUUAAACCGAUAUCUCAAGCCUCCAUCUCACGACAAUUAAAAGCUAUUUACAAGAAACUAGGCCCACCAAAUGAAGAACAGGAAGAAGAGGAGGAGGAGGAAGAAGAUGGAGAACUUGAUGAGUCACUGAGUGAUUUGGAAGAAGACUUUCAGAUAAUGAUGUCAGGAUUAAGAAAAUAAAAAAAAACAUCUGUAUCUAUUUGUGUAUGUGUGUGCUUGUGUGUACUGUACCUGUUCUUCUGUUGUCUGAUCUCAUUAUAUUAUUAUAGUUAUUAUCUCCUCAUUAGUUCACCUGCUGAUGUAUGUUAAUUAUAAUGUA